AUUGGGGUAUUGAAAAGAAAAAAAAAGAGAGGAAAAAGAUGGCUGAAGAAGAAAAAAAACCAAAGCCGAUCUACCUAUUUCCCGAUCUACUGGAAGAGAUUCUCCUCCGAUUGCCCUUGCAAUCCAUCCUUAAUUUCAAAAUCGUCGCAAAACAAUGGAGAUCAAUUCUGGAGUCAAGGAGGUUCGCGGAGAGGCGUGUGGAAAUUCAAAAGAAUCGAAAAAUCCUGGCGGCCGUAGACCACGAGCCCGAGUCACGAUUCGAAGGGGACGAAGAGAUCGAGGUGUUCUAUUUACACUGCGACUGCGAUGACGUCGCCACACGACCCUCACUGACAUGUGACGGUUUGGUUUGCAUCCCCGUACCAGGCUGGGUCAAUGUUUUGAACCUUUCAACCGGCGAAUCCAUUGGAUUUCCUUCCGGUCCAGAUCCAGUGACCAACUACUACGAUUACCAACUUGCCUCAGGUUAUUGGUGGAAUACUUUCCCUGCAUUUUGGGCGAUGGGCUUCGGCAAGGACAUAGUUAAUGGGAGCUAUAAAGUAGUGAGAAUGUUUUUCGAUCCUAACCAUUAUUGCGAGAUUCUUGAUGUCAACAUUGGAGAAUGGCGUAAACUAUUGAAUCCACCUCCUUAUAAAGUGGAUGCUAGAAGGAAGUCGGCGUGUGUGAAUGGCUCCAUCUACUGGUUAGAAUUGCAUGACAAAUUGUGUGUAUUGGCUCUGGAUCUUCACACAGAAGUGUUCCGUGUUAUACCAUCUCCUCCUAUUUGCUCAGAGUCAGACCAAGUAGUAAACCUUGAAAACCGUCUAGCUAUUGCUAAAACCAAUACCUGGUCUGAUUGGAAACUAGAGAUAAGGUGCUUGGAUGCACAAGAAAAAACAUGGAGCAUGACUUACACGAUAAGUCUUACGAGUAUCGCAACCCCUCGACCGUGGAGGGUGUGGUUCAGGCCAAUGGCGGUUUCUAAGCAAGGGAAUCUUUUCUUCUAUGACAGUAAGAAGAGGUUGUUUAAAUAUUAUCCAGAGACAUCUUCUCUUCGUUGCCUCUCUCUAGACAUCUGCGUUAUAUCUCCUUUCGUUGAAAAUUUGGUUUCUCUUCGUCCUUCCGGUUCUUAUGUUCCCAAGACAUCUGGUUCUCGACCUUCCGGAUUUCCAAGUAUCGAUUCUCGAAUUUCCAAAAUUUUUAGGCAAAUCCCGAAUAUUUUGCUUACCACCACUCUAGUGUCUUUAGUAGUUUUUCGAUAUUUUGUUGUUUCGUCUAAGUCUUGAUGUUUUAUGUACCCGUAUGUUCUGUAUCCAUAUUUUUUAUGCUUUAUACGUUUUACAUGGAUAAUUUUCUUCAUUUUAUUCGUGUCAGUUUUUUUUAGAAAUUGGCAAUCAAUAGACUCCCUAUCUCUUGCUAGUUUGCC